AGCAACUCAGUUCCGUUUCCAAGUGCGUUUAAAGAACAACCGCAUAACACAAGUGCCCGAAUUGUAUUUUCAUUCAACUUAUCAAAGUUUCACAGCAAUGGGAGGUUAUGGAGCGAACAAUCGUCGGGACGAUUAUUACGAUGAAUCAGGCAGCGGACUUCGCAUGAUCCGGAAGAGCGGGAUUCCUUUUCUCUACGUUCUCGGCCUCUGCUCACUCAUCGUCGGCAUGAUCUGUCUGGGCAUUAUCACGGCAUACUGGGCUGGCAUCACACACCCCAUGUGCUUCCUUUAUGCCCAGUCUCCGUCAUACGAUGGGUUUUCCAUAGUGUACAAAUUCGGAAGCAAUUUGUCCAACUGCUACUGGGUGGCGUACGGUGCCGUGCCAUCAGCUGCAAUCGGCCUCAUGUGCGGCGUCUUCUACAUGAUGAAAUUGUUUGGUGACCCGAGUGACGAGCAUGAGGAGGCCGCUCAGAAACGCAACACGAAGAUCAUUCUUGUGGCGAUGAGCGUGGCGUCGUUGCUGCUCUUGGCGGUCUGCUGUACCUUAGCUGAGGGCAUGAGGGUUACCUGCACCAACAUGGGCAUCAACGCAGUCAACGGCAAAGCCGACAACUGUUAUGACAAACUCGAUCUCAGGGUUGCUAUGUACAACCUGCCAGUGGACACUUCGUCCAUGAUCCACGCUAGUUCAGGCUGUCUCUGGACGUCCAUGGUUGCGUACACCCUCCUCGUGAUCUUCCACUCAGUCGCACUCUGUCGUUUCCCGUAGUCAAGAUGCAACUUCAUCCAUCAACAAAUAAGCGCUGUGAAGCAAAAAACGGCAUCGCACAACUAUUUUAUGAUGUAUUUAUUUGCUUCCUUUUAUAACUGAUGUUUCUAUCUUAACAUACGACAAUAGGAUUUAUAACAACAGACACUUAGAUUGCAGUGAAUUACACCUGUUAGCGAUUUCAAAUAAAAGUGUCUAGGGUUUCAUUACAAUAGCGACAAUAGAGUCAGGAUCACGCUGUUCUCUCUCUUCCUUUAGAAGUUUAGAAGAACUUCAUUUUAUUUCUAUGUAUUUAAAAUAAAUAUGUAAGAUUAAGUUAAUAUUUUAGCCACUAGCUAAUCAUAAAAUAGUAUAGUUCGAUGACUACCAAUAGACGAAAUAAAAUUAUUUCCUCGAUUUCACUGCGCGUUCCGAACUACUUGUAGUUCAAAAUACAACGAACCAGUCAUUUGAGUUUUCAUCAUUAUUUGUCGAACAGGGAUUAGAAAUGUAACCAUAAAUAUUUACGAUCGAUUGUUUCUUGAUUUCUUGAUUAUAAACAGGACAAAGAAUAACUUAUUCAAUCUAUAUAUAUCGACAAAUUAACAUUGUAAGUUUGUACACUGCUAACAACGCGGCAACCGGAAAAUUGUUACAGCCACAUCACGAAGAAAUUAAUUCAGAGUAAAAUAAGAUUAUUUGUUUACUUUUAUACAAUAAACGAUAACUAAAUUUAA